AUUGCAUAUUGUGUGGCAUUAUCUUCUGCCAAAGUUGAAGGUGCUGAUCAUAACUUGGAAUCAGAUUCUGCAAACUUUUGCUCUAUUUUAUAAUUCAAAUGUACCUUCGUUCUUCCAAACCAUAUCUCUGCUACUCGCAUCUCUAAGCAGCAUAUUUCAGCUCCAGCUUCCAUCAACAAUAUGGAAGUUGGCAGUGAUCAGUCAAGUGUGAAGAAAAGGUCCAGUAUAAUUUUGGGACCUUGGGGAGGAAAUGGCGGAGCUAGCUGGGAUGAUGGAACUUAUAAUGGAGUGAGAGAAAUCAGAAUCGUUUAUGACAAAUGCAUCGACUCGAUUUGUGUUGUGUAUGACAAGAACAGUAAGCAUGUGGAAGCAGAAAAACAUGGAGGUGUCGGAGGCACAAAAAUGGCCGAGAUUAAGCUGCAAUAUCCUGAGGAGUACUUGAUCAGCGUGAGCGGGCACUACUCGCCGGUGGUUCAUGGGGGAAGCCCUGUGAUCCGAUCGUUAGCAUUCAAGAGCAACCGAAGGAUGUUUGGUCCGUAUGGAGUUGAGGAAGGAACACCAUUUACAUUCUCAAUUGAUGGAUGUCAAAUCGUUGGGUUUAAGGGGAGAAGUGGGUGGUUCCUGGAUUCGAUCGGAUUCCGAUUGUCCCGAGUUUCUACCAAGUUCCUCCAAAAGGUUCAGAAGAGGCUUCAGAGGCUUACCACCACAGCUUCUAAUUCAUCUUCUACUAGAAAUGCUGAAGAAAUUGUGGAGUGAAAUUUCCAUAUACAUACAUCUACUAUGGUUUUAUUUGAAUUAUGUAAUAUGAAUAAGGUAUAUGAACUCUCUUGCAUGGUGGAACAAAAAGGAAAUAAUUCUAUGUACAAAUAUGUUUUUGGUUAAUACAAUUUUUGGUCACUCAAAGAUGAGACAUUUUUCAA